CCAGCUAUAUACACGGGGAUCGCCUGAGAGCCACAGUUCAGUCGCUGGCUCAUAGCGGUACCACAAGCAGCCAGAAACAGGAGGAGAUUUCGCACCACCGCCAUCAUGCUUCGACAGUUGACGCUCCUCCUGUUAGGGGCCACGAUGGUCUUGUCUCAACGCCGGCUCGCACUGCCAGAUCCCCGCAGCUGUGCCAACAGGGUCCGGCAUUCGACUUACAGAGAUGCUCGAGGAGUAGCACAUGCUUACUUCUUCAGUUGGGAACACGGACCAACCCGCAGUUUGGAAGUGGACUGGCUUGACGCUAGAAACAUAUGCAGACGUCACUGCAUGGACGCCGUCUCCUUGGAAACUCCGCAGGAGAACGAGUUUAUCAAGCAAAGGAUUGCCAGAGGUAAUGUGCGUUAUAUCUGGACGUCUGGGCGCAAAUGCAACUUCAAUGGAUGCAACCGUCCUGACCUCCAGCCUCCAAAUGUGAAUGGUUGGUUCUGGUCUGGCUCGGGAGCCAAGAUCGGACCCACGACCCAGCGCAACUCUGGUGACUGGAGCCACACGGGUGGAUUCGGCCAACCUCAGCCAGACAACCGCGAGGCUCCCCAGGGCAACGAUGAGUCCUGUCUGUCCAUUCUGAACAACUUCUACAACGACGGCAUCAAAUGGCACGAUGUGGCCUGCCACCACCUGAAACCGUUCGUCUGUGAGGACAGUGACGAGCUGCUUAACUUCGUACGCUCCCGCAACCCAGGCGUCCGUCUCUAGGUUGUGACACUAACAAACCAACCCCAGCGGGCUUGCAGACCUGGCCCCUUUCUCCCGUUAGAUCCCGUCCACUGUGAAUAUCCCUAUACAUCCUUACAAAUACACAAGCUUUGUAUUUUAUAAUUUAAUGACUAAAUAAAUAUUUUAAUAUU